UGCCGACACCAGCACAACUUGCCAAACCGUCGUCGUGAUCUCAACCACGCUCUGUCUCUUCUAGAGCUGUUCAGUACAAAGCAAAAACGUGUUCGCUUGAAAUUUCUGCAAACGGAAUACGGUGUGGUGACAGUGUCGAACUUAUCUAAGGCGUGUACCAACCGCGCGACAGUCGAGUUUAUUUUUAUCCGGAACAAUAGUCUAACUAACGCCGGUUAGUCCCUGCGCAGCAAACACCGGUUUAGUCUGAUCCCAGCAGUGAAAGCGAGCGGUUCUUCUUCUUCGACUUAGUCGGGUGAAUUAAUAAAAGUACAGAAACCACUGCAGAUAACAAAAAAAUGGCUCUCGUCGAAAGCACCACCAAGACUGAAAUGACCAUCACCGAGUCGCAGACACCCGUCAUCUCGAAGGAAGUGGUCGUGGAGAAAUCCUCGGCCGGCAUGUCGGAGAAGAGUAUCACCCAGUCCAAGAGCUACGGGGCCAGCAGCGAGAAGGAAAUCACCGAGGAAAGUGAGAAUUCCGUUUCCAAAUCCGUCGAGAAGUCCGAAUCGUCAUUCGCGUCGGAACGCAGCGUAUCGGAGAAGGUCUCGGACACGGGGUCCCUCUCGUCGUCCCUGCUCUCCUCGUCGUCGGUGGUCAGUUCCGUCACCAGCAGCAAGGUGGUUUCCUCGUCAUUCAGCUCAACCAGCGCCUCGUCGAUGUCGAGCAUCAAAUCGUCCUCGUUCGACUCCAGCAGUGCCAUCGAUGAGUUUUUCAAAAACUGAUACUCUUUUUUGUCUUUUUUUUUUUUUAA